GGGUUGACCGGACCUGCCCACAGCAAAUGUCUUCUGUGUGAACUUGUGUUGCUGUUAGAUAGUUUCAGACCCUUUCACCAGCUGACUUCUCCUCUGGCUUCUCUGUAAGACGGACAGAAGAGAGACGAGGGGAAAAGAAGAGGGAUCUCUGGUACAGAGAAAAUGGACAGGAGAAUGAGUGCUUUCAGACAAACAGCCCCUAUCUUCCCGCAGGAGAGUGUCGUUUCUCAAGAAGAACAUAUCACAUCAGUCGGUCUUCCAGACGCUCUUUGAGCGAGAGGAAAGCAGUCGAGCUAGCAGAACAAAGACAGACUGAGCUCUUAUCUCAAUCAGCUUCUUCGUCUGGAGAGACUGACUUCUAUAGGCUGAAACUCAAGAUGAGGGUUUGGAUCUUCUUCCUGUUCUGCCUCGCUGGCAAGACUCUGGCUGCUCCAACUGAAGAGGAGCCAGUUGUUGAAGAGGAGCUGGAAGUGGGAGCCAACCCAGUCCAGGUGGAAACCGGAGAGUUUGAUGAGGCCAUUGAAGUCGUGGAGGAUGUUAUUGCUGAGAACCCCUGCCUAAAUCAUCACUGCAAGAAAGGCAAAGUGUGCGAGGUUGAUGACAGCAACCAGCCCAUGUGUGUGUGCCAGGACCCUCUGACCUGCCCCGCUCCCGUUGGAGAUUUCGAGCAUGUCUGUGGCACUGACAACAAGACCUAUGAGUCCUCCUGCCACUUCUUUGCCACCAAAUGCUCCCUGGAGGGCACCAAGAAGGGCCACAAACUGCACCUGGAUUACAUCGGACCCUGCAAACACAUCGCCGCCUGCAUGGACAGUGAGCUGAAUGAGUUUCCUCUGCGCAUGAGGGACUGGCUGAAGAACGUGCUGGUGACCCUGUACGAGCGUGAUGAAGACAAUAACCUGCUCACCGAGAAGCAGAAACUUAGGGUGAAGAAGAUUUACGAGAAUGAGAAGAGGCUGGGAGCUGGUGAUCAUUCUCUGGACCUUCUGGCCCUGGACUUCGAAAAGAAUUACAACAUGUACAUCUUCCCCGUUCACUGGCAGUUUGGCCAGCUUGACCAGCACCCUGUUGAUGGCUUCCUGUCCCACACUGAGCUGGCUCCUCUGCGUGCUCCUCUCAUCCCAAUGGAGCACUGCACCACCAGCUUCUUUGAGCAGUGCGAUGCUGACCAAGACAAGUACAUCGCUCUUGAGGAGUGGGCCAACUGCUUUGGAAUCAAAGAGCAGGACAUCGACAAGGACCUUGUCAUCUAAGCACAUCUACCAUUGACGCUUCCUAGUUAUUAUCGGGGCGAGGUGCUAACCCUUAAGUUAAAAUCAAAGUAAAGGUGCUAAUUGCGAUUUCUAACAACCUGCAUAUACCACUAAACAUUCAUAAUGUUUAAUAAAAAUAAUGCACAAUCCACAGUAACUAUCACAAUGAGUGAUUGAACACUGCCCGUUUUUAGGUUGGCCAAGCAUCUGUUGGACAGGCUGUAUUAAAGAGAGUUAAAUAUGAUGAACACUUUUUUUGUUUUGGAAAUGGAUCCACAUAUGUUUUUUACACUCAGAAUCAGGGCUUGAAUUGUAAGUUUGGAGUUUUGAUGGUGGAAAUGUACAAAAAACAAAAUAAAGAUUCCAAAUAAAUGUU